GGAGCCAUAAAAGUACAUUUUUUUCAUUAUCACAAACGGUCUAUACUGUGUAAUAGAUCAUUUCAGCUAUAGGGCUUGGCUGCACAAUGACUCGGAAACUUGUGCAGUAUGACGAGACUGAACUCUCAAUCACUGUUACAAAAACCCAGCUUUAUGAAAUACUUCUUACAUCUUACCACUUCUCCUUUUUUAUCUAUAGGUGCCGGGGGUUUCCUGUUACUCCCCAGAACAUUUACUCUGCAAUCAGUGUAUAUCGACAUAUUUCAGCAAAAGGAGCAUCUUUGCAAUAACCAAUAUCUAUAACGAAGUGAGAAGACCAAACCACAGGAGGCACAACUCAUUUUGUCUUUGGUUAGAAGAAAAAUGUCUCUGGAAGGUAAUACCAGCAUAGAAGACCCAUGUAACGUGGAUUCUGAAUUUAGAUACAAAUUCUUUACAGUGACUUACAGCAUUAUUUUUGUCUUUGGCUUUAUUGCUAACAGCUAUGUAUUGUGGGUCUUCGCAGAGGUUUAUCCUGCUAAAAGGCUGAGUGACAUCAAAAUUUUUAUGAUCAAUCUUACUGUGGCCGACCUGUUAUUCAUAGUGACUUUGCCCCUGUGGAUUGUUUACUAUAAUUAUGGAGGCAACUGGGUAAUGCCACAUUUUCUCUGCAAUGUGGCAGGCUGUUUCUUCUUCAUCAAUACAUAUUGCUCAGUAGCCUUGUUAGCAGUCAUCAGUUACAACAGAUUUCAGGCUGUAACAAAUCCUGUGGAAGUAGCACAAUCAACAGCCAGGAAAAAAGGACUGUGCAUCUCUGCUUUUGUUUGGAUACUUGUAUUUGGAAGUUCUUUGUUCUUUCUUGUUACCCCUGGCACCAACCAGGUAAAGGCUAAUGAUGGGCUUAACUACACCCGCUGCUUUGAAGGAUACAACCCUGAAAACAGAGGUCCCGUGGCUGUCAUCCACUUCAUUCUAAUUGCCGCUUUCUUUGUUGUGUUCCUCGUCAUAUUGAUUUGUAAUGUGGUGAUUUUUAGGACCUUGACCACCCAGUCAGUGGCAGCCAAACAGAGCAUAGAAAUGAAACGUCGUGCUCUGUAUAUGGUAGUCACAGUUCUUGGAGUUUUUGUGAUAUGUUUUGUUCCGCACCACAUUGUGCAUGGACCCUGGACUCUCACAGUGCUGAGACUGUGGCACGAGAAUGACUGUGGCUUUCGACAGGUUCUGAAUGAUGCACAUCAAAUCACAUUGUGCCUUAUGAGUACCAACUGUGUGCUGGACCCUAUUAUCUAUUGCUUUCUCACCAAGAAGUUUCGGAAACACCUCUCUCAACGCAUCCAGACUAUGACAAGAAGAAGUCGUAAGUUCUCAAGAAAUACUACUGACACUAACUUAGAAGGCACAUUACCACUCAAAGAAAGGCACACUAGCACAUGUGACCUUUAGUAUGAGGAAGCAUUAAUAAAGGAUUUUCUUAAUAGUUGAGCUGAAAAAACAUAAUACGUCUGGCUUAAUAUUUGCCCAGGGACAUUUGGUAUAUAUGGGUUGGCUGUCAACAAAUUAACCCACAGAAAAAAAUGUUUUCUGUAUUUUUUAGCUGAGCUGCAACAAUUGUAAUAUAUGCAAAACGAAAACAUUAUCAUGCUAAUUUAGGUUCUACAGUGCCUAAAAGUUGCAUUAUCAGUAUUGUUUUUCAGAGAAAAUCCAUUUUUAGCGUAGUGACUAGAAUAAAUAUAUAUCUAUUUUCGUAUUAAAAAUGGUGUAUCUUGUUAUACUGCAGUGACCCUUCUGUAUAGCAUUUUUUCUUUGUGUCUUCAGCAGAUCAACCACAAGCAAUUGAAGAAAUGCAAAAAUGCAGUAUAGAUUCCUGAAUAAUUUAUGAGAAGAAGCCAUGACAUCAGCCUAUGUGUUAAAUUUAUAUUUAUACUUAACAUUCAAUAGGUGUGACCCUGUAUGUUACAGGUCAGCUCCAAAUAGAACUUUUAAUUCAGUUUUGGUUGAACCACCAACAAGUUUCUUAUAUCUCUCAAAGGGUAGGCCGUAACAUUAGUGUCAUGGUAUCAAGCCUUGUAUACACGCACGGUUUUCUCGACCAGAAACAGCAAGACAACUGCUGGCAGAGCUUUCUUGACGAGUAAACCAUGCGUGU